AUGAGCUACGUUCUCAAGCUCCACAACCACACCCUGCCCUACGAGGUAUGCAUUUGUGUUGGGGACAGUUUGGUUGCGCGUGAGGCUCUGGUGGAACAAUGGUCUGACAAGCCGGACUUUUCAUCAGAGGUGGCGAGGCUGAUCCAAGAGCACAACAAGGAGUUCAAUCCGCGUGGCAUCAAACGCGGCAGUGAAUCCAGUGGAGGAUCAGCAGUGGAACGCCCGAAAAAGAUGUUGUGCGUGCCCGAUGACAACAUGAGCUUGGAUGAGUUUGAGACCAAGUUUGCAGAGAGGCAAGAUCUUCCUUCGGGGCAUUGGACUGUGAGCCUUGCAUCAGAAUCCUUGUUCAUGCACUCCAAUGAGGACUACGUGAUUGCAGAGAACGAGGAGAUCUGUGGAUUUGGAAGCGGGGACUUUGCAAAAAGUGCGGAGGCCAAUGAUAUCAUGAGCGACUGCAAUGGACGAUGGGCUCUCUUUGACCUUUCCGGCAAAGCCAGCGAUGCAUGGGUGGUGCUUGAGCACAGCAGGAAGCUUCCUGAACACCUUCGCGAGCUGGCCAUUUUCAACAAGGCGCGACAAGUGAUUGUGUGGUCUACACAAUGGUGUAUCCUCAAUUGUCCUGAAUGUACUUUUUGGUAG